AAUCCCAAAUUCCCAAAUCCGUCUGUUAGGGUUCGCUCAGAGACAAUAACGAACCCACCCGACGAGACGAGAAUUUACAAACACCAAAUUUCCAGCGUUCUCAGAAAGCCCUCCGACCAAAGAAACGUCUUUCAUAUCACGAAGUUUCUUCGUUCCCUUGCAAGCUUAUACUAUUAGAUACAUAACAUGGCAAGGGAAAAAGUAAAUACAUCAUCAGAUGCUAAGCCAGUUGAGUCCGAUGACCCUGAAGAGUCAAUGGAUGAAGAGGUUGAGUACGAAGAAGUCGAGGAGGAAGAAGAAGUAGAAGAAAUAGAAGAAGUGGAAGAAGAAGUAGAAGAGGAGGAAGAGGAGGAGGAGGAGGAGGAAGAGGAAGAGGAGGAGGUAGAAGAAGAAGAAGAGGAUGGAGAUGGAGCUGGUGCCGAGAAAAAUCAAAGUAGUGCUGAUGUAAAGGUUGAAGAUGAGGAUGAGAAGAAAAAACAUGCUGAACUUCUUGCCUUUCCUCCACAUGGUUCCGAAGUUUAUGUUGGAGGCAUUCCUCAUGAUGCUUCUGAAGAGGAAUUAAAACAUUUCUGUGAGUCUGUGGGAGAAGUUGUAGAGGUUCGUAUUAUGAAAGACAAAGACUCAAGUGAGAACAAGGGUUUUGCAUUUGUGACAUUUAAAAAUGUCGAAAUGGCUUCGAAAGCCAUUGAUGAUUUGAACGGUACUGAAUUCAAGGGAAAAAAGAUAAAAUGUUCCACAUCUCAAGCAAAGCACCGUUUGUUCAUUGGUAAUGUUCCUAGGAGUUGGGGAGAAGAAGAUUUGAUGAAGGUUGUGAAAGAGAUAGGACCUGGAGUUACUGGCUUGGAACUGGUUAAGGACAUAAAGAAUAGGUACAAUAACCGGGGCUUUGCUUUUAUUGACUACUAUAAUCAUGCAUGUGCUGAUUAUUCAAGGCAAAAAAUGAUGAACCCCAAAUUCAGGCUAGGUGAUAAUGCCCCAACUGUGAGCUGGGCUGAACCUAAAAAUGCUGAAUCUUCUGCAGCUUCUCAGGUGAAGGCUGUAUAUGUGAAGAAUCUACCCAAAAAUGUAACCCAAGGCCAGUUAAAGAAGCUAUUUGAACACCAUGGAAAAAUCAUUAAAGUGGCUCUUCCACCUGCAAAAUCUGGACAGGAAAAGAAUAGAAUUGGUUUUGUGCAUUUUUCUGAGAGAUCAAGUGCUAUGAAAGCAUUAAAGAACACGGAAAGAUAUGAGCUUGAUGGUCAAGUUCUGGAGUGUUCUCUUGCAAAGCCGCAGGCAGAUCAAAAGUCAUCUGGAUCAAAUACUCAGAAGUCAGGGUUGCUUCCUGCUUACCCACCUCGUGUUGGUUAUGGUUUAAUGGGGGGUCCCUAUGGUGCUCUUGGUGCAGGCUUUGGCCAUGCUGGUUUUGCGCAGCCUGUGAUCUAUGGACGGGGACCAACUCCUUCGGGCAUGUCAAUGAUGCCAAUGCUUCUGCCUGAUGGACGAAUAGGAUAUGUUUUGCAACAACCGGGAGGACAGCCUCAGCCCUCUCCUCCCUCACAUCAGAGGAGUAGUGGCAGGGGUGGCGGUGGAAGUGGCAGUAAAAGUGGCGGCAGUUCAAAAGGAAGGCAGAACAAUGACAGCGGUGGGAGUGGGCGCCGGUAUCGCCCGUAUUAGUUAUUAAUCAGUUCUUGUUUAAAUGAUUAUGAGUUGAUAAGGGUCAGUUAAAUCUCAAGGUGGUGCAAUUCAAUGUAACUAUACCACGGUCAUCUCAUUAAAUAUCAUUUUAGUCAAAAACAAGUGUGGAACUGAAAUAUUCUUUUUUUUUUUUUCCUGUCGUUAUAAUUUAUUUUUAUCAGUCUAUUUUUUUUGCAUUUCGUGACCAUGUUUAAAGCUGUCCUCUGCUGAGGCUAUUGUUUUA